GCCGCCAGCGCCGGAGAGAGAGAGAGCGAGCGAGCGAGCGAGGGAGAGCGCGCAGAGCCCAGAGGAAGACUCCGGCUGUGAAGACACCCAUGGCAACCAUCCUCGCGGCCACACGCAUCUCCCGGCCCCUUGCCCAGCUGGCCACCAAGACCUCGCACCUGAAAGAUGUCUCCGCCAGCCUUCGGCCCCUGCCUGAGAUCUGUUACUCUGCGACACGCUUGCAGGGCUGGCGUUCCUACGCAACGGAAGUGGAUGAGAUUGGCGAGAGGCCCGUCCUCAUCACUGGCUGCGAUUCUGGCUUCGGCUUCGCCUUGGCCAAACACCUGCAUGAGCGAGGAUUCAUCAUCUAUGCCGGCUGCUUGCUCAAGGAGCAGGGAAGGGGUGGCUCCAAGGAACUGGAUGCCAUGAAGAGUGACCGGAUGAGGACCGUCCAGCUCAACGUCUGCGACAGCGAAGAUGUCAGUCGAGCCGUGGACUACAUGACCUCCACUCUGAAGAUGCCGGAAAAGGGGCUGUGGGGCCUGGUCAACAACGCCGGGAUCUCUACCUUUGGGGAGGUGGAGUUCACCAGCAUGGACACCUACAAGGAGGUGGCGGAGGUGAACCUGUGGGGAACGAUCCGCACCACCAAGGCCUUCUUGCCUCUCAUCCGCAGGGCCAAAGGCCGCGUGGUGAACAUCAGCAGCAUGAUGGGGCGCAUGGCCAACCCGGCGCGCUCCCCCUACUGCAUCACCAAGUUUGGGGUGGAGGCCUUUUCCGACUGCCUGCGCUACGAGAUGCGCCCACACGACGUCAAGGUGUGCAUCGUGGAGCCGGGCAACUUCAUCGCGGGCACCAGCCUCUACAGCCCUGAGCGCAUCCAGGCCAUUGCCGACAAGAUGUGGGACGAGCUGCCGGAGAUCGUGCGCCGCGACUACGGGCGCAAGUACUUUGACGAGCAGAUCGCCAAGAUGGAGUCGUACUGCAACAGCGGCUCCUCGGACACCUCGCCCGUCAUCGACAGCAUCGCCCACGCCCUCACCUCCUCCACCCCCUACACCCGCUACCACCCCAUGGACUACUACUGGUGGCUGCGCAUGCAGGUCAUGACCCACAUGCCGGCCGCCAUCUCGGACCGACUCUACAUCUACUGAGCAGUGGCGGGGGACUCCUGCGCCCCCCACUGCCACCGUGUCCACCUCCAGGAAGGGAAACUAAUGCUAAGGGUUACUCUGUACAAAUUUCCCCGUAGUCGCUUGUCUAGUUGAGGUCAAAGUACUGUAUUUUUUAGGGCUAAGCUGUUGUUAAUUUAAGCGUUUGAGGCUCCCCUACUCCUUG